AUGCAGGUCCCCCUCCUCAGACUCCAGUGCGGGGUCAAUUCCUAUGACUGGGGCAAGAAGGGCAACGACUCGUCCGCAGCCAAGUUUGCUGCUGCCACUCCCGCCGCCGACUUCACAAUCAAAGAUGAUCAGCCUUACGCCGAGCUCUGGAUGGGCACCCAUCCCUCCAACCCCUCCAAGGACCUGCGCACCGGCCGCACCCUCCUCGACCUCGUCCAAGACAACCAGGCUCUCCUCUCUCAGUCCAUCACCGCUCGAUAUGGCAACAAGCUGCCCUUCCUCUUCAAGAUUCUCUCCAUCGCCAAGGCCCUCUCAAUCCAGGCCCACCCCAACAAGAAGCUUGCCGAGCAGCUCCACGCCAGGGACCCCAAGAACUAUCCCGAUGACAACCACAAGCCUGAGAUGGCCAUUGCCCUCACCGACUUCGAGGGCCUGUGCGGCUUCAGGCCGCCGUCGGAGAUAGUGCACUUCCUCAACACCGUCAAGUCCCUGCGUGACUUUGUCGGCACGGAGACGGCAGAUGCUUUCAACAGCACCAUCAAGUCGCACGAGGGCGACGAGUCCGAGGACGCCAAGCGAGACAACAAGGCUGCCCUGCAGAAGCUGUUCGGGGCCCUGAUGUCGAAGCCACAGUCUGCUCUCGAGACGGCAACUAGUGCUCUCCUGGACGAGGCUACGGCAGAGGCGGAGAACUUUGCGGGCGGUGGCGCCGGGCCCAACUCCGGGAAGGACCUCGCCGAGCUGAUCAAGCGACUACACGGCCAAUUCGGCGCCGACUACGGCCUGUUCGUGCAGUUCCUCUGCAACCUGGUGACAAUGGCCCCCGGCGAGGCGCUCUUCCUGCGGGCUGAUGACAUCCACGCUUACAUCUCGGGCGAUAUUGUCGAGUGCAUGGCCGCCAGCGAUAAUGUCAUCCGGGCCGGGUUUACCCCGAAGUUCAAGGACGUCGACACGCUCGUGUCGAUAUUGACGUACAACUACGCCCCGAUCGAGGAGCAAAAGAUGGUGCCGAAAGAGUACGCAUACGCCACCCUCAAUCGCACAGCAUACAGCUCCAGCAGCGAGGUCAUGCUGUACGACCCCCCAAUCGAGGAAUUCAGCGUGGUGCGAUCUACCUUGAAACGUGAGGGCGCCAAGGUGACGUUCGACCCGCUGGACGGCCCCAGCAUCAUCAUCUGCACGGGUGGCAGCGGCAAGAUCUCAGUUGGGCCAACUGUGGAGGACAUAAAACAGGGUUAUGUCUUCUUUGUGGGCUCGACGGCUGAGGUGGUCCUGGAGUCAACCAGUGAGGGCGAGGAGUUCGUGACCUUCAAGGCAUUUUGCGAGGUUGAGGACCACAGUAACGGCGGCUCUUGA